AUGGCUGGGAAAAUUAAGGACAAACUUAGAAAACGCGAUCGAAUUUUUGCUAGCCUGCUGGGUAAAUUAGAACCUCCUCCAUCUCCAGCAAAUUUGGAUAACACUAUUGGUCGUAACAAUGGUGCUUUGGGUGCGCACACAGGCGUUCGGUUACCGCAAAUUUCUCUACCAGAGUUUAACGGGGAUUUCAAAGGUCAAGGGCUUUCUUUCAAGUCAACGUUUGUAUCAUUGAUACAUGACUCUAAUGAACUCAGUGACGUGCAGAAAUUUCAUUAUCUGAAAUCUGCACUAAAAGGGGAGGCGGCCAAACUGAUCGAGUCUCUCACGAUCACCAACGGAAAUUAUAUGAUAGCGUGGGACACCAUCAGCAAGCGCUACUCCAACGAAUACCUGUUAAAGAAGCGACAUCUCCAGGCGUUGAUGGAAUUCCCGAGGAUUGAAAAAGAGACGGCGGGACGAAUACAUGGACUGGUGGACGAGUUUGAUCAACGACUGAAGAUCUUGAAGCAACUGGGUGAGAAGACGGAACAUUGGGGAGCGAUGAUUAUCCAUUGGAUGUGCUCUAAGCUGGAUUCUCGCACUUCGCAGUUAUGGGAAGAUCAUGCCGCAUCGAUAAAAGAACCAACAUUUUCGGUAUUGGUGGACUUCUUGGAGAAACGAACAAGAGUAUUAGAUGCGGUGUUGUCCAACGCAAACAAUGGUUCGGGCCAACCCAAGACAAUUAUGAAACGUGAGCGUAUAGCGGUGCAUGCUUCUUCGGAAGGCGGAAGGAACGAGCCUACUUGUCUAUGUUGUGGCGAUCUGCAUUAUUUGGUACGGUGUUCAAAAUUCCAGGAUCUCGGGCUGAAGGAAAAGUUAGAUUUCGUCAACGGCAAGCGUUUAUGUGGCAAUUGUUUUAAGACAGGUCACUGGGUACGAGAUUGCAACUCGAAGUUUAGCUGUAAGAAAUGCGGGAAGAAACACAACACAUUGAUACAUCCGGGAUUUCAACCAGCAAAGGCAACAAGCGGCAGUUCAGAAGACAACGAAUCAACGACUGGACGGAAAAGUGACGUAGCUAGGAUGCACAUCGCUGCAGAAAUAACAGACGGAAGAGACAGUGAUGCAGCAGAAGGAUCCACAGCAGGAUCAUAUAGUGUCGGAACUAAAAAGAAUAGCUUGAGUUCUAGAGUAUUUCUUUCUACGGUGGUGGUAGCGAUACACGAUCAAAAUGGUAAUAAACAACUAGCUCGAGCGUUGUUGGAUAAUGGAUCCCAGGUUAAUGUUAUGAGUGAGAGGCUGUGUCAAAUGCUGAAGCUUAAACGUCGACCGAUUUGCAUUCCAAUAACGGGAGUUGGACAGUCUGAAUCAACGGCGAGACAUGCGGUUAGUACAACGGUCCAUUCCCGAGUUAGCGAUUUUUCCAUUGGAUUGGAUUUCUUGGUGUUACAGCGGGUCACAGCUGAACUUCCUUCAGCAACGGUACCAAUUUCCCAUUGGAAUAUUCCUCCCAAUCUUCAGAUGGCGGAUCCUCAAUUCAAUUUCAGUAGUCGCAUUGAUCUUCUAUUAGGCGCAGAGCAUUUCUUCGGUUUCUUGGUAGACAGGGAGGUGAAAAAGAUGGUCUUGGGUCCGAAGCUACCGAUACUUGUGAAUUCAGUUUUUGGGUGGAUUGUUUCUGGUCGUGAUGAAAGCAUACCACGGAAAAGGACAGUGCGAUGCUGCACAGCAACAACCACCGAGAAAAUCGAGGAACUGAUCGAAAAAUUCUGGCGGGUAGAUGGUUGUGAAGACCAGCCUGCUUGGUCUAAGGAGGAACAAGAAUGCGAAGAGGACUUCAAAAGAACACACUCAAGAUCAGAAAAUGGUCGAUACAUCAUUAAGUUACCCAAACAUACGAACUGGGAUCGGAUGUUGGGAAAUUCUCGAGCAAUGGCAUUGGAUAGAUACCGGAAAUUGGAAAAACGACUGGAACGGAACCAGAACAUGAAGGAACAAUAUCAUUCAUUCAUGAAGGAAUAUUUGUUUAUGCAACACAUGCGGAAGAUAUCGGAUUUGGAGCUUCAAUCAGAAGUCCAAGAACCGUACCGGCGGAAGGUAUUUUAUUUGCCGCACCACGCGGUGAUCAAACAAGCAAGCACGACUACAAAAGUACGCGUCGUCUUUGAUGCUUCGACGCGUACAGACAGCGGUUACUCCCUCAACGACGCUCUUUUGAAAGGACCCGUAAUUCAAGACGACUUAUUGAAUUUGCUCUUACGUUUCCGCAAGUAUGAGGUAGCACUUGUGGGAGAUGUCGAAAAAAUGUACAGACAAAUACUUCAUGAUAACAAAGACAACCUCCGUUUACGAAUAUUUUUCCGCUUCUCAGAAGAUGAGCCCAUAGGUGUGUACGAACUACUUACAGUUACGUAUGGACUCACUCCUUCAUCUUUCUUAGCAACACGGGUGCUGAAACAGCUAGCUGAAGACGAAGGAAUGGAAGGUAAUAAAGCUCGAUCAGCGCUAGAAAAGGAUUUCUACGUCGACGACUAUAUUGGAGGAGCCCCAAGUGUCGACGAAGCUAUCGAAUUGAGGGAAGAUUUAACGUCGUUGAUGAAUAAAGGAGGUUUUCCAAUCCGUAAAUGGUGCGAAUCGACCUGA